AUGAUUAAAUACAGACAGGCAUUCACUAAAUGCUCUACAGUGAAGAAAGCAAUCUGUGUUAUUAGACAAGUAAAAUAAUCAUUUGAGUUAUAAGCAUUUGAGAAACUUAAGAUUAAUGAUAAAUAUGUACUAUCUGAGGAUGUGGUUGAGAUUAAAUAGAAUGAUAAGAUUUAGUUCUUAUGUGAUUCUAAUUGCUCUAUCCCGCAUCUGUUUCAUUUGAUUAUAUCAGAGCUUAAUAAAAAUAAGCAAGAAAAAUUCCCUUAUCCAAAAGAAAAGGUUUACCAGCCUAUACUUGGGAAAAAGAAGGAUCUUAAGAUAAAUGAGAUAAGAGACCCCAAAAACUGGAUUUAGCAUCACCCCUGGACGAAGGAAGAAAAGAGAUCACUAAAAAGGAUAAUUUUGAUGUUUGGCUAUGAUAGAUGGUCAAAGAUGAGGUCGAUCUCAAAGCAUAGUGACAAAUUGAUAUUUAAAAAAGAUCAUAAUGAAAUUAGGGCUUAUGCAAAUUACUUCAUUUCACUUAUAGUUGACUGUCUUAGUCACGACAAUGACAAUAAAGAGCUAAUCAAGAAAUUACUCAGCAUGGUUUAAGUCAAAGAAUAGGAUGUUAAGGUUGAUGCUUCAGCCAGUGAUUUCGGAGAUAGCUUUAGUCAAAUGGCUAAAAACUGGGGCAAGAGACUCGUUCUCAUCAACAAUAUAGUUGAUUUAGUUAGAAGAUACAAAAAUUAGCAAGCUAAGUUUCAAUCUUUGCCUCAUUUUAAUCAAGACCAAAGACUCUAGAAGCUUUAUAAGACUAAUAUUAACCUAUUGAAUUUUCUUAGUCAAGAGUAAUUAUCUCCUGCUAGACCUGCUUUAGUUUGGACUAGAAGGCAUGAUGUUGAUUUGAUAAUGGGUAGUUUUGAUUACGGAUAUGCUAAUUAUGAAGCAAUAUUGAAAAGCAAAACAUUAAUCUUUGAGGAUACAUCUCAAGGCAAGUUUAAGUCGAAUAUGAUGACAAAGAGGAUAAAAUACGUGAUGAAACAAGUUCUUCUGUUCUUGAAAAGCAAUCAUAAUAAGUAUGAUUUUGAAAGAACAGAUCAUGUAAAGGAAGCCUCUGGAUUCAGUCUUCUAGAGAAGAAUACUCUUUAUGAGAUUUUAAUAAACUAUGGUGUGCCUGUGAUAUCGAAUGAUGAUCCAAAAGACGAUUACGAGUUAUUGAAGGUAUUAUUGGUUAAACAUGUCAAGGGAAUAGAUGCUGAUGUUAAUUUGGGGCCAGAUUCUGUCAAGCCUCUUGAGAAGUUUAUUCAACAGCUGAAUAUCAUGUCGACCAAAAUUAUGAAAGAUUAUUAAAAGCCAGUUGCUGAAAUACUUGCUUAGUGGAAAGAAGAAGAUUAAAGUGGCGAGGAGAGUAGUGAAAAAGAAGAGCAAAAAGGAGAAAAUGGGGAAGUUAUUCCUAAGAAAGAGGAAGAAGUAAAUGAUUUCAAAAUUGAUAAGUAAAGAAUAAAGGCUGCACAUGAAUAUGAAAAGACCUGUCAGAGAUUAGUAUAUGACCCAGAUGGUGAUGGAUUUAACUUUGGAUAUGAAAGGGCUCUGUAUUUUAAGGUGCGUACUAAUAUGUUUAAACUGAUUAGAAAAGAGAUAAUGGCCUAGAAUUUUAGAUUGUAUGAAUAAUGUCUAGAAAAUUUAGCACAGAUAUUAAGAGAUGAAAAGGAGAAACAGCUCACAAAGCUGCCAGAUGAAUGGAUUUGCGACAAGCACGAUAGACAUUUGCUUAAAGCUGUGAGUGAUUAAGGCCUGCCAUUCUUGAAUAAAAUGAAAGAAAAUACCGAUUAUGGCUUUGAGAACAUUAAUGUGCCUAGAAAGAGAUUACAAAAAAGACUAGAAUAUCUUUGCCUUUUCUUUAAAGAGUAAUUACUUAAGUUGAGGAAAAAUAAUCCUUCAUUAAGAGGAGCAGAUCUUUCCACAGGGCAAACUUAAAUUGAUCCGAGAAAGAAGUUUACUAAAAUUGAAGUCGAAAGAGAUGAAUAUGGAAAUAUAAAAUAUCCUAUUAUUGUAUCUCCUACAUUGCAAAUUCUAAAUUUGGGUAUAAUUGAAUUUGAGAAACCAUUUUAUCAUUCUGAAAAAAACUUCUUCCCAAUCGGAUUUAAGAGUUUAAGAGAUUACACUUCAAUGGUGAGACCUGGAGAAAGAUGUCAGUACAUAUGUGAAAUCUUGGACGGAGGCCCAAAACCAUUAUUCAAGGUUACAUGCUCUGAGGAUCCAUAGAAUCCUUUGAUUAGAGAUUCAUCAUCAGGAGUUUGGAUAGAUAUUUGCAAAAAGAUAAAUGAAAUCUAAGGUAACAAGAGAACUAAUGUCACAGUGAGUGGACCUGACAGAUAUGGAUUGGCAGAGCCAGGUGUCAACUAGCUUCUUUAAUGCCUUGCUAAUGCAGACAAGUGUGUUAAAUACAAGUUUAUUUAUUGA